AUGCGCAUUGCAACACAGCUGCUGAUUCAGUGGCUCUUCUUUGAAACAGUACGACACACUUAUGCACUCGAAGUACUAUCUCGUGGCACAAAAUAUGGUGGAAAUCCAGCACACGAUGUAGUUUCAAUGAGGAGUAGGCUCGAUGAAAUGACUAGAGAUGACUUUAUUUGGAGGCCUUAUCAAGACAUAGCACUUAAUGCUAUAGAGGAGGACACUCAUUGUUGGUCUGCAACCACGUACCUAAUAUGUUUUGAAAUUUUGGAGUACCACCAAACCGACCGAGUUAAACUCCAGUUUGGAAUCAAACAAACUAGAUUGCGCCCAGCAGAAAACAUGUCAAAAUAUCACAAGCAAACUAGGCGUGGAGGAGCAAAAGAUAGAUGGGAUGUUGAAUAUGAAAGUUUUAUCGACGAUUGGAAUAAUCGUCACACUAAGGUGAUAACUGGCACACAUGCAAAUAAACUUCCAAAUUCUUAUUUUGAGUGGUAUUAUAAUACCUUCAAUCCGUUCUUCUUCAAACCCCCACCCACACUAAACAAUCCAUCUACCUCAACCCGUGAAUUUACCCCUGACCCUGACCAAACACCCAUGCAAACCACAACACAAAAUCAAUCAGCUCCAUACCUAGAUUAUACCCCUCCCCAAUUCCCAAUCUAUGACCAUCAAACCUACAUCUCACCACCAACAACAAAUUUCUACGACCAACAAAACUUCUACCCAUCUAAUGACCCAAAUUUCCACACACCAGCCCAACAAAAUUUCUACACACCGGCCCAACAAAAUUUCCCCAACAACCUAUUCACUUCACCCCAACACAAUACCUACGACACUCAAAACUCUGUGGGUUCGUCAUGGAUUAAUGAGUUGAUUACUCUUGAUGAUCCUAAUAAUCCUAAUAUUUUUGACAACCUUUCUGGUGUGCCAUUUACCUCCUUGUUCAACGACACAUCUACAUCAAACUUUUUCAAUGCCUCAAUUUCGAGUAAUCCUACUGCAUCUUUUCAGUAUCAACAAGACGAUGUGGAACAACAUCAAGGAGAACUUCGAAGAGGUGAUCGUGUUCGUCAUGCUCCUACAUGUGGUACUGGAGGUCAUUUAGGUGACGAUGACGUUGGUGGUGGUGGUGGUCGUGGUCGUGGUCGUGCUCGUGGUCGUGAUAAUUAG